AUGCUGAAUGAAGAAAAGCUAGGGGAGGAAAAUGAUUUGCUUAAAUUGAAUAAUGAUACUAACGAAGAUGUUAUAAAAGAUGAAGAUAAUAAAAGUAAAGAAAAAAAAAAAAAGAAAGUUCAAUUUUCUGAUAAUAAUGAAACAAUAUAUUAUGAGAAGGAUGAAAAUGAAAAUAGUUAUUUUAAUUUUACUCUAAAUAAUUUUAAUUAUUUUGAAUGUUUUUAUAAUGAUAUUUAUGGUUAUAAUUUUAAUGACAAAAUUAUGAGAAGUAAUAAUUAUAAUGAUGAUGUUGAAGAAGAUGAUGAGGAAGAUGAAGAUGGUGAUGACGAUGAUGAUGAAGAUGGUGAUGACGAUGAUGAUGACGAUGGUGAUGACAAUGAAGACGACCAUGACGAUAACUAUAAUGACGAUAACGAUAAUAACGAUGAGAAGGAUGAAAAUGCCCAAAAUAAUAUUAAUGAUGAAGAAAAUAAAUCAGAUGAAAUAAACCCUAAAAAUAAAAAUAAAAAAAAUAAUAUUUGUAAUAAUAAUAAAAAUACCAUACUGAAUGGAAUUAACAAUAUAAAUAAUGAUACAAGUAAUUUAAAUUUAAAUUUAAAGAAAAAAAAAAAAAAAAAAAAAAAAAAAAAUAUGAACAGUUCUAUAUAUAAUAAUAACGAACAAGUUACAAAAAAUAUCUUAUCAUUAAAAAAAAGUGGUAAUAACACCAAUGUUGAUGAUUUAAAAAAUGGGAAAAAAAAUUGUUUAUUAUCUAAUAUUUUCUUAUCAAAUGAUGAAAACAAUAAUAUAAAAAAAAAAAAAAAAAAAAAUUUAAUAAACAUAAAAAAUAUAAAAAAUAUAAAAAAUACAACAAAUAUGAUAAAUACAACAAAUAUGAUAAAUACAACAAAUAUGAUAAAUAUAACCAAUAAUAAUUUUAAAAGGGAAAAAUUCCAUCAAUCAUUCAAUGAAGAUUCUUCUUUCGAAAUUAAUAAUAUACAAUCAGCUACAUUAAAUGCUCAAGAAAGAACUAUACAUUAUAAUAAAGAUUAUUUUGGUUAUGACAUUGAACCUUUUAAUAUGAAAAAUGAAUUAACACAAGGAUAUAUUGAUAAAGAUGGUAAUUAUAUUUAUAAUGAAUCUGAUAAUGAUGAAGUUGAAGAAGCUUGGCUAAAAUCUGUAGAUGAACAAGAUCCACUUUCUACAUUUUCUAAUAAUAACUUACAAGCUCAAAAAUUUCAAGAAACACAAUCGAAAUUUCAUAUGACAUAUGAUAAACUAAAUAAUAAUUUAUUAUCAAUUAAUAUUUUUGACGCUUUAUAUUCUUUAUCAUGUUUAUUAAUAGAUGAAAAAGAAACACCUAUUAAAGCUAUGAUUAGAUAUAAAAAAGAUCUAAAAGUUUGUAAAAAUUAUCUUAACGAAUAUGAAAUUAAAAUAAAUAAAAUUAAUUCCCUUGCUAUAAAUACAAACGCUGAUCAAAAGGAUCAGUCGACAAAAGAAAUUGACAAAAAUUCGCAGACACUCCAAACAGAUUAUGAGGAAAAGACAAAUUCAUUACAGGUCUGUAUUAGGAGUACGUUAGCUAGCCAUCUUGAAGAAGAAAGCACCAAAGAGGGAAGCCCAAAAAUGGCAGAACCAAUUGGUGAUAUGAAAAAUGAUGAUAUAAAAAAUGAUGAUAUGAAAAAUGAUGAUAUAAAAAAUGAUGAUAUAAAAAAUAAUGGUGAUAUGAAAAAUGAUGAUAUAAAAAAUGAUGAUAUAAAAAAUAGUGAUAUAAAAAAUAAUGAUAUAAAAAAUAAUGAUAUAAAACAUAAUGUUGAUGAUGUAGUAGAACAAAAUAAUAAUAAUUUGAUAGAACAAAAUAAUAAUGAUUUGAUUGAACAAAAUAAUAAUGAUUUGAUAGAACAAAAUAAUAAUGAUUUGAUUGAACAAAAUAAUAAUGAUUUGAUAGAACAAAGUAAUAAUGAUUUGAUAGAACAAAAUAACAAUGAUUGUGAUGUAAAAGACCCAGAAAGUAACUUGAUGAAUCCAACCUUAGACACCGAACAUGUAAUAAUAAACAAUCAAGAAGACGAAUCAAAAUGUAAUAAUAAAAAAACAGAAAACCAGAAGAAUGAAAAUCUGGAUGAUGAUGAUAAUGAUGUAAAGAAAAAUAUUGUAAACAAUGAGAGCUUACAAGAAUUAGAGAAUUUAAAACAAAUGUAUCAAAAGAUUAUUCUUGAUUAUAAAACUAUAGAAAGACGAUUUAAUAACUUAAUAGAUUUAACUCAGAAAUUGACCAAUGAAUAUAAAAAUGUUUAUUUUUUUACAAAACGAGAAUUAGAAACAUUAUGUAAGAAACUUGAAGAAUAUAAAGAAAAUGUAGACAUACACUGGCAACUAAAGUGGAUGAAUGGUGUUGAUAAUAAUGUAUAUGGUCCUUAUAAUUAUUAUGAUAUAUAUAAUUUUAUAACAACAGGGAUAGUAACCGUUUUAAACCCUAUACUUCUAAGAAGAAUAAAUAAUAAGAAUGAAGUAUUAGAAAAUAUCUGGCAAAUGUAUGAUGCUGUAAAUUAUUUAAUAUUUGUUACUAAUGAUAAUAUUAAAAAGAAGAGAAAGCAUGAUGGUCUAACCAAUGAAAAUAUAGAUGACAAUGAUGAGAAUGAUAAUAAUGACGAUGAUGAUGAUGAACAUAAUGAUGAUAAUAAUGAUGAUUAUGAUUUGAUCAAUAAAAAAAAAAAGAAAAAAGGAUUAAUACAAAUAUCAAAAAAAAAGAAAAAAAAAAAAAAAGAUCAUUAUGAUAAAAGUAAUAUUUAUAAUCAUGAUAAUAAUAGCCAUGCAAAUUCUUCUAAUAAUGAAGAACAUAGUGAUAAUGAGGAUGACUAUGACAACGGAUAUGAAUUUUAA